CAAGUAUUAACUAACAAGAAAAUGGAGCAAAACUCGUGUUUCAUCCUCGGACAACGAGUCCACUCAUCGACCGAUCCACGCCGAGUGGGCACGGUCCAGUACGUAGGCAACGUGGAAGGAUACUCAGGCACGUGGGUCGGGGUCGACUGGGACAAUGAAGGAGAUGGCAAACACGAUGGCUCCAUCAAUGGAGUCCGAUACUUCCAAGCUGGAUCCCAAAAGUCAGGUUCCUUCGUUAGAGCCCAGAACCUCAGUCCAGGCAUUUCACUGCUUCAGGCUCUUAACCUUAGAUAUAAAUCCCACUCCACCAAAGAGGAUGAGGAUGAAAUGUAUGUUCUUUCAGCCAGCAACAAGCGUGUGUCUGUUCAAUUAUUGGGUAAACACAAGAUCGAAGAUAAGUUAAGUCGAUUUGAAGAGUUGAAAAGUGCUUCAAUAUCCUAUUUGGGUGUAAGCAGUCCUGGAGGCCCGGCUGAAAUUCGUGCUGCUGUGCCAAAUUUAAAGGAACUUGACUUGACAGGAAAUCUGAUUUCAGAUUGGAAGGAUGUUGGCACCAUAUGUGAACAGUUACCACAACUUGUAGCACUUAAUUUGUCUAAUAAUUUAAUGAUACAAAACAUCACUCAGUUGCCCCUACUUAAAGGCAUCCGUGUUUUAGUUUUGAACAAUACAGGCAUAAAGUGGUCACAGGUUGAAAUCCUUAAACAUUCAUUACCAGUGAUUGAGGAGUUACACAUGAUGGAGAAUAACAUAAGCACCAUAAAGCCAACAUCUUCAUCAGCCGUUCAAGGAUUUAAUUCUUUGCGGCUUCUGAAUUUGAAAGAUAAUUGCAUAGCUGAAUGGGAUGAAAUCUUAAAACUUUCUCAACUGAAAAGUUUGGAGCAGCUUUAUUUGAACAAGAACAAGUUGACUAGCAUCUUUUACCCAGAUAAUAAUAAAAUACAAGAAUUGCUCAGUAAUCAUGAGUCGUGUGAGGAAAGUUACUUGCCAUUUCAAAAUCUGCGAUGCCUUCUUCUUGGAAGUAACAACGUUAGUGAUCUGGCUUCAAUUGACUCGUUGAACUCAUUCCCAAAAUUGAUUGACAUCAGGCUUUCUGAUAACCCGAUAGCUGAUCCUGGAAGAGGUGGUCUCUCUAGAUUUGUUUUAAUUGCACGAUUAGCAAAAAUUGAAAUGCUAAAUGGGAGUGAGAUAAGUGGUCGCGAAAGAAAGGAGUCAGAAAUCCGGUAUGUACGCUCAGUAAUGUCAAAGUUGCCUGAUACUCCAGAAGAGAUUAAACGGCUUCAUCCCCGGUUCGUUGGGUUGAAGAAUUUUCAUGGGAUUGAGGAUGAAAGGCCAUCAGUGGGAGCAGCAGGCCCUCAGAAGAUGGCUUCAGGACUCUUGUCUGUCACUCUGAAAUGUGUGGGCCCAUCAAUCGGUGAGAAGCUUCCAUUGACAAAGAAAUUGCCAGCCACUACAACAGUUGGCAAGUUGAAAGUUCUUUGUGAAAGUUUCUUUAAACUAAAGUUCCUGAAGCUAAAAUUGUUUCUUCAAGAAGAGGGUUCUCCUUUACCAAUGCUGCUUGAUGAUGAAAUGGCAUCUUUAAUGGACAUUGGGGUUGGCACUGAGUCAACUAUUCUUGUGGAUGAAGAGAGUUAAUGAGCAAUUUGAUGGAGUUGAUUUAAGUUAUGAUGUUCCAUGCUUCAGAAUAUUCAAGGAUGCUAGAAUGCAAGUUGCUUGGAUUAUGCUUUUGGCAUGAAAUUUUUCUUAAUAGGAGUUACUACACGACGCAUGCUGAGAUGAGGUCCGUUUUAGACUUUCCAGAAUCAAGAAAGAUACAAAAAUGAUGGGUUUUGAUUUGUUGUUGAAAUGGCUGUGUCACGUUCCUAAAACUACCAUGAAGGGAGGCCUCAAGUAAGACCAUACCAUGAGAGUGAACCUUAUAAGUUUAUGUAAUAUGGUAGGGAGGGACAGUUUUUGGCCCCCUUGUGUGAAUUUUAGCAUUAGCAUUCUAUGUGUUAUGGAUGGUAAGUGCACCUUGUUAUUGUGGCUUUUACAAUCUAUACUUUUGAUGAUUCAUGAUCAGGGCAGUAGAUUAUCGCCAAUUUUCUUCGA